UGGCAGUAGUGCUUUUAGAACAUGCCACGGGUGUUGCUGGGAAAGGCUGCGUUCCUCCCGUAGACCGCUCUGCUUUGUGACCCAACAAACAAAAGCGGCGACCAGGAAAAGGAAACCGGGCCGAAUUUGGAAGCAAUUGAAAAGGAAAAACGCAACCCUCAUAUCAUUUUUGGAAAGAGGAGUGGUGAUGCCAUUUGGAGCCAAUCAUAAGUUUGUUUGUUUCAGCUUGUGAGAAUUACAAAACCCACAGGUGUGCCUUUGGAGUGCAAAGACCCCAGCUCUUCUUGAACAUUCCCUCCUGCAAAGGGAUCUUAUCCACCUGGAUGGAGCCCCAGUUGAAGCAACGUGUUUUCACUGGGGUCGUUACCCAGCUGCAAGACAAUUAUGGGAUGGUUGACCAGGAAGUUCAUUUUCAGACAAGUGAUGUGAUAGGUCGGAUUCCCCAGCUGGGGGAGAAGGUGUUGGUGAAGGCGGUGUGGGACCCCUCAGUAUCUGUCAGCUGGACAGCUCAGAGAGUGCAGUCUCUCAACAGCCAGCCAUUCAAAUCCCCCCCUCCGCUCCUGCCCUCCAUGGCGCCCAGCCAGAAGCCGGGGAUUCUGGGAAGCAAGCCACAGCCACUGCUGAAGUCUCCCAAGAUUCCGCCGCUCAUUCCCAGCAUGCUGCAGAACCCGCCCAAGCCGGGAUUGCUGCAGACCCCACCCCACAUCCAGGCUCCCUGGGGGGGUCAGUUUGACGCGUGGGGGGGAGGAAACCGGAAGAGACACAGCGAGGGCAUGGGGGCUCGGAGGGGUGGGCGCUGGGAGGACGUUGGCCCCUGGUGUGGUGAUGGGGUGCACCAGAAGAGGAGGAGAUGGAGGGGGGCAUUGGAGGAGGGGCAGAAGAAGAGCAGCCCCGCGCCGCCACAGAACUGCCCCCUGUUCUCGCGCUUCUCCAGGGACAGCUUGGCGUGUGACAGUCUGGAGGUGCAGCGGAGGUACCCCCACCUGCCCCUCCCAGAAAACUUCCUCCACCUGCAGCUGAGCUGGACGGAGAGCUUCCCUCCUGACCAGCCCCUGACCCUCUCCGGGCCCUGCCCCUUCUACGUGGGCCCGGCCCAGCCUCCCUCCGAGACCACAGCGCCCGCCAGCCCGGGAUCCGCCUACACGGCCAAGGUGAUGCUGCUGUCUGUUCCUGCUGCAGAGGAGCUGUAUCAGCGCUGCUGUGGCCUGGUGCAGGACCAGCUGGAGCCACAGGGGGGUGCUGUGCACCCAACGACGCUCAUCAAGUUCCUGUUGGCGGUAAAGGGGGCGGAGCUGCAGCUGCUGGGGGGGCGCUGGUGUCCCCAGGAGGACGGGGCCAACCCAGCCAAGGACCCGCUGGUUCUGAUCCGCACGGCCGUGCGCUGCGUCAGAGAGCAGACCGGCCUGGACCUGGCCCACUGCUCCCAGUGGUACAAGAUUGCGGCGGUGCGUUACCUGUGUGGGGAGGAGGUGGAGACGGUGGUGUUCUACCUGCCUGACGUGUGGCGCUCUGUUCCCACCGAGGAGGAGUGGGCAGAGCUGAGGGCCAGCACUAAGGAAGAGCAGGAGGGUGGUACACAGGCCCUCCCAGAGGACCCGUCCCUUGUGGUGUACCCCGCUCCUGGGACCAGCCUGUCCUCCUUCCCUCUCUCCUCUCUGCUCGAGCCCCGGAACUCACAGUCCCAGGAUGCCUUUGAGGUUGGACUGAGUGCGGAGCUGUUCAGUGAGAUGCUGCAGAGGGAUUUUGGGCUGCAGAUUUACCGGAGUCUGUGCACCCUGCCCCAGGACUCCACCCCUCCCGGCCCAGAGACCGAAGAGGUGGAGGAGAGCGGCCUGCCCACGGGCGAGGAGGGGAAAAAGGGAGAGCGGGACUCCCGGGGGUCUGGAGCCAAGGACGGCAAGCGGAGAAGCCGCAAGGAGAGGGGGAGCACGGGGGACCCCAAAGAAGAGGAAAAGGACAAGAACAGAGAAGAGAGGGAUGGAAAUUUGACAGAGACUAAGGAUGGAGAGAACGAGACGGUGUUGGAGGAGGGCAAGACGCAGGCUGUGCCCUCUGAUAACUUGGACGGCGCAUCAGCCAGAGAAAGUGACCGGCCUGUGGGGUGGAGCCCUGUCCUACCGCGCAAGGUGUUGUUGUCCUGGGUGUUUUUCGACAGGCAGCUCGUGGGCAGCCUGAGGGGCCAAGACCUCCAGGACGUCCUGCUGUCCCUGGGCCUGCACCUCACCCCCAUGCAGGCGAGAGAGCUGGUCUGCAGGGCUGUGGUGGGUGAGCUGUGUCAGUACAGGAGACUGGCCGGUCGAUGGGAGGACCCCGAACACAGUGACGCCGACUCCACCCUGCAGGGAAACCGCGCGCUGAUACCCAGCACCACCGGCAGGGGCGGGAGCUCGUCCCGGCGGUCGGCCGGGGGCAGCAGCAGCGGCGACGUGGUGACGCACAAAGGCACCGUGCUCAACAUCCCCAACCUGCUGCGCUCCCUGGAGAGGGGAGAGAGCCUGCGGCAAGGCCUGGAGCAGCGCAUCGCCUCCCUGCAGGCCAAGCUCGCGGAGGCGGGGUCGGAGGCGGAGUCUCUGCAGAGCCAGCACAGGGAGCUCUCCGCCGUGAGGGAGGAGCAGGAGGGCCUGCAGGAGCGGCUGGAGAGAGCGGAGCGCCGGAACUCCACCUACGAGAAGAGCCUGAAGGAGAAUGCUGGGCACAUGAUCGCCGUCAUCGAGAAGAUGCAGAAACUGGUGGACAAGACCACCAGUCUGGCAGAGUCGAGAACGGACGGAGUGGAGAAGGCCUGACCCACUGGCGUGGCAUAGCGACAGUUGUCAGGGUGAUCGCAUCAGGGCAACAGUUGUCAGGGCUCGCACCAACACAGGUCGAACUCCACUGCACUGAACCGAGACUGAGAGCAGGGAACACUGGGAUAUAGCCACACCAGCCCACAUGCAGACACGUCAACAAGCACUGAGGCCUACACAAAUCAGCUGCCAUUACAAAUGCGCCCAACUGCACUGAUGUAUGGAAACGCAUUGACACACACACCCUGAUGCUUACAAUAAUACUGACUCACACACACACACACACACACGCAAAUGGCAUGUAUAUCCAUUCACACAGAAACUGACACACUGAACACUGAAACGAACAAAUCCAUAUCCAUUCAUAUAUCUAGAUACACUGAGGCAAACAUGCAUGCCAACACAAACACACACACACACACACCAGUGCCUAGAGACAGAACCAGAUGCAUCAAAUUUGAUAAAAUAAAGUCUGAAACAAAAUAAAAACAAAGAGGUGAUACAAGCUGAUGCCAUCACAGUGGAAAAAAAAGCUUCCUGUGUCUUUUUUCCCCCCUCUCUCAGACACAAACACACAUAUGGUACACAUGCAUAAAACAGUUUCAUGGUUCAAACCUGUUUGAUUUUUGAAAGGUGUAAAAUGUGAAGACUGUACAGUAUUUACAAGGUAUAGAAGUGUCUUUGGUUUUACCCUUUUUUGAUUAUAUUGUUUAGAUAACAGGGCUGUUGGGUUUAUAAAUUCUUGUGAGGGGAAAAUAAUGAAAUUGUAUAAAACGAUAGCACUGUAACUUUACUGUCAAUUUUUUUUACUUCUCAAUCACAAAGGGAGAAUGUAACAUUUCUGAGUAAAGUUUCAUUUUGCACAAUCCUUAAUGAUCCUCGCGUUUCACAGUCCUCCUCGGAUCCAGGGAUGAAAUUGGGUGGCAUUUGCAUUUUCUUUUUUUUGUUUUCAGUGCUGCCAAAUAGAGGUGUCGGGGGUGGAAUAAACAUUUGAGCUUGGUAA